ACCGUUCCCGCGUCAAGAAACAACCGCCGUAAAAUCGUUUCGCGUUCUUCCUCGAUGAAAGUUUGUUUCGCGCGCAAGACAGUAUCGAUAAUGUCGCAUACGAUGUCAGACAUAAUUGUAAAGUGUUAAUUAGUUUGCAAGAAUACAAUUAACCAUGAUAUCGCGAUCGUAAGUUUGUCGUUCAUCCGAGCACGAUUCUUGAAUGUUACGCAUCGUUACAUAGCCUAUCUAUUGCGAUCCAAUCGAAUCGAAGUUGAUCGCGUAAUUUACAUAGCCCGCAAAGCGCAUCGAAAAUAGCGUGUGGAAACAGUCGAUGGCCGCAGCAAAUUAAUUAAGGAUUCUCGGAUGCCAAGCAUUGUUACACAGCCUAUCAGUUGCAAAGCGAUGAAAUCGAAAUCAAUUAUGCAAUGUGUAUCAGAUAUCAGAUUGUAGCUUAUCAAUUGACAAGUGUGAUCGCGUUUUCGCAUAAUUCACGUCGAUCGUAAAGCGGACGGAGAGGAUGAAUGGUUGAUCGUUAUGGCAAAUUAAUUAAGACCGUUAACCUCAAACAUGCUGAAAACAAUACGACGAGUACGAGAGAGUCCGCUCAUGUACACGAUUGCAAUUAAACGCGGUUUUCGUUCGCAUCUACGUGGCUUGAUGGACUUGAGGUUAAAGCAUUUCAAGCAGAAAUUGACGCCGAUGGAGCAGUUGAUGGAGGGAGUUUUACUGCGAUGCAAUGUUCGGAUGGCAGCAAAGCUCGACGAGCGGACUUCUUUCGGACUGAUUUCGGUGCGCACCGGCAAAGGACAAAGGAGGUCCCGCAAAAGAAAUCGGUCGGAUCGAUUGCGCGACGAGGCGUGUAUCCUGCGCGAGGACCUUGGGGAGAGCCACAGCUGGAUCCUUGCACCGCCCCGUAGAGAAGAUCGGGCUGGCCCUCGUCGUGGUGUAUUUGCGUGGCACGAGUCGGUGACGCUUCGAUCAACGUGUAAACUACGUGCAGAUCAACAUGUAAACUGCGGAUCAACGUGCAACACCGCUGCUGCGCAUCGUGAACUGCGCGAAAUCGUAUCGCACGAUGCUUCUCACGCGUCCGAGACGUUUCCACUUUCUCGCGAGAUGCGACCAGGCAAUUCCGCCGAUAAGGCCUUGACUCAUACAGCCGUGGGAAUCGAUUUGAUGCUCGUUACGACAAGAUCGCACAUACCUGAGAAUCUGAAUACCGUGUGUGUGUUUUACUCGAGCUCUUCUGGCUCCGGUAUCGAUUGUUCGCCGAGAGUCAGGUCGAGGGAUAUCCCGUUUCCACAGGACACAUAA